AUUGGAAACGCACGUUUGGAGCGCAUUGCCGUCGCAGCACUACUUGUUUUUGUCAACAGCAGCUUCAGACAGAGCGGUCUGUCUCAUUGAACUUAAACAUGUCUAUAUUCACGCCAACAAAUCAAAUACGGCUGACUAAUGUGGCGGUGGUGAGGAUAAAGAAAGGCGGGAAGCGCUUUGAAAUCGCGUGCUACAAGAAUUCAGUGAUGAGCUGGAGAGCAGGAGCAGAGAAAGACCUGGAUGAGGUUUUGCAGACACACUCAGUGUUCGUUAAUGUGUCCAAGGGUCAGGUGGCUAAGAAGGAUGACUUGACAAAGUCUUUUGGGACAGAUGAUCAGACGGAAAUCUGUAAAGAGAUCCUCACCAAAGGAGAGCUCCAGGUGUCAGACAAGGAGAGGCACUCUCAGCUGGAGACCAUGUUCAGGGACAUUGCGUCUAUCGUGGCAGAGAAGUGUGUGAACCCCGAGACGAAGAGGCCGUACACAGUCAGCCUCAUCGAGCGGGCGAUGAAGGACAUCCACUACUCUGUGAAGGCCAACAAGAGCACCAAGCAGCAGGCUCUGGAAGUGAUCCGGCAGCUGAAGGAGUCCAUGGAGAUCCAGAGGGCCCACAUGAGGCUGCGCCUGGUGCUGCCAGCCAAGGAGGCCAAGAGGCUGAAGGAGAAGCUGAAGCCGCUGCUGCAGGUGGUGGAGAGCGAGGACUUCGACGAGGAGCUGGAGAUGGUGGUUCUGGUGGACCCCGGCUGCUUCAGGGAGAUUGACGAGCUGAUCCGCUGUGAGACUAAAGGCCGGGGGUCUCUGGAGGUCCUCAAUCUGAAGGAUGUGGAGGAGGGAGAGGAGAAGUUCUAGGAACCCCCCCCCCCAUCAGGACUGUCAUCCACACUGACACGCUUCACCCCCCCUCACAGACUGUAUCUCUGAGGGACUAUAUUUUUGAGGAGACUCUUGCAAAGUUCAGCCAAUCCUGUUCCAGAGUGUUUAAACAGAUGUGUUUAACUGAAGGAAAGGUUUUUGCCAGAUGUGCGUGCUCGGUGGAAUGUAUUUUGAAAAUUAAUUUGAGUAUGUAAAUUAAUUUGUUACAUUUUACUGAAAAAGUAAAAGCUCUGGCCUGCAGUGACUUAUUUAUUCAGCUUCACAAACACAACUGUCAGACUGUGUGCCAUAUAGUCACGCUCUAUAUCCCAGUGUUAUGGAUAAUUACCUUAACCCAAAAACGUAUAUUUUGUCAUAAUGAAUGAUCUUUCUCUCUAACAAAUAAAUAUAUUAACUUGA